AUGGAAAGUUUUCAUGUUGAGUUUCAAACCCACCUAGCAUUAAUACUCGUCGAAAAUCGGAGUCUUGAAGAAGCUCUGUCAGUUAUAUUUAAUGAGUCAUUACCAUCUACUUCACAAACUACAUUUGGAAAUAGUCGUGAACAAGCGACUCAAGCGAAUGUUUCCAUUGUGGGUUCUCAACCGAGAGAAUCUGAAAGUGACCUUGGCGCUGAUAGAAUGUAUAAAAUGUUAUUUGUUGUGAAUGGUUCAUUGAAAAUGAGUUCCGGUAAAAUGUGUGCUCAAGUAGCUCAUGCUGCAGUUAAUUUAUAUUCAAAAUUAAUUGAUCAACGAUCAUUGGGCUUAAAUUUUUGGAUGAUGUUUGGUCAAACCAAAAUUGUUGUACGUGGAGAUUCAGCAGAAGAAUUAAUUAAGAUACAAAAUAAAGCCUAUGAAACAAAAUCAAUCGUUACAACGAUAAUACAAGAUGCGGGUAAAACAGAAAUUAGAACAUCGUCUAUCACAUGUCUUGGUUUAUUUGGUACAAAUUCUCAGUUAGAUCCCAUAACGCGUCAUUUAAAGUUAAUGAACGAUUGUUUAAGAUGUUCUGAUAAUGAUAUAACGAGCAAUGAAAAUAGUAGACAACGUCAAACAAAACAAAAGGCAAAAGGACAACAGACGAAUAAUAUUGAAGAAAAAAAUCAGACAGAAGAUGCGACAACUUCUCUAUCGAACAUAGCAGAUACACAAUUGACGAACAUAGACAACAAUGGGCAUAUUAAUCAAACAGAGGCAGAAAUCUGUGAAACAAAAUGA